CCCAUCUCAUUUUGUUGAGAACGUUGACCUCUUCCUGUUUGCAGACUGAGGUUUGUCGUAUCGCUGAUACUAGAUAUACACUUUCGACUCGAAGGCAGACAAUCGGAACCAUCCAGAUCGUCUGCUCAAGGCUUUCAGGAUCAGACAUUGUCAUCAAGCUCUCCGUUCAUUGUCCUUCGUCGCCUGUUUUUUUUUUGCUUUGUGUCACUUCAGGAAGCUUGCAUGGCCAUGGCUUACUGUGAUGUGGGCGGGAAUCAUGCCUGGAUGAUAUCCAUAUCUGUUCUUACCCGCCGACGCUUUCGGUUGUAAUCAGAGCUCGACAGACGAUGAAGACAUAUGUUGCCCCGUCUUUCGUGAUGAUGAACUCGAUCUUUUUCGUGGACAAAGAACAACGCUACUAUCUUGUGUGGCGAUGAAGCCACACAAUCAGGUAUCCCCGAAACAUAGCGUGUUGAGCAACCUUACAAUUCAGGUUUCACUAUGGGAGACAAACGCCUCACGCUACUUGGCAUAGAGGACGAUACUCCGCACGCCGAGUCCGCAUUAUCAUCGGCGUAUCAAACUGCCGUCGGCGACGAGGAGACGCCCGACAAGGUCAUUCACCUCGCAGUUAGUCUUCGGUUUUGCAGUUGUGAGAGGGUCAUUGGCACGUUGUAGUCGACGAUCCUGAAACAACAUGUUAUGGAAGCUUCCUAUGAGAAGACGUUCGAGAAUUUGGAGGGUGAUCGUGUCAUAGUGAACUGUACGAAGACGGCCUCGCGGACACUUAAACUGUUGAACAUGCUACGUGCACCCUGAAGAAGAAAGUGGCGCUCGAUCGAACAAAGGAUGGUUUUCAUUCAUAUUACCAGUGUGUAUGAUCC